GGCGCCCGGAGGGGGGCGGGGGAAGGACGUGGUGCCUGCGGGGGGGUCCGUCCUCCCAUGCGGAGCAAGCCCAAGAGCCCCCCGUAGCCUGCCCAUUCUGCAGCCCCCCGACAGGCAGGCGCCCGCUUCCGGAGCCUGCCCCCAGCUUAGGGCACCGCCUGCACUGAGCCCCCCCCGAAUGGUGCCCCGCUUCUUUGCUUCCUCCCGAAUGCGAAGGCAGCGGGGGCGGGGAGGAAAGGGCCUUUCUCGGCCUCUCUUCUUUUACUCCCCCCCCUCCACGGCCAGCGCCUCUUGCUGCUGAGCUGAGCUCUGCCUCCCUGCAGGGCUGGCCGGGCUUCUUGUUGCCACCCCCCUCCCCGCUGCCCCAACUCACAAACAAACCACAUGGGCUCCAAGGCGCCCCGGCGCCCCUGGCUGUGGGGAGGGGGCUCUCAGUGUUGUUGAGGGAGGGACUCCGCUCGGCCUCGCUCGGCCUUCCCGGCUCUCGUCCUCUACCUGGCAGGGGGGCACCAGGGUGGCCCACCUGGCGGGGCUGUUGGGAGGCCUGGCGCAGGUGCACGCGGCGUGAUUGGCCAAGCGGGACGGUCGCUGGGCCAUCCUGGCGCCUUCCUUGCAAAACGCCUCCCCUCCCCGUGGGGAAGCAAGCCAAAGACUGACACGGCCUUUGCCCAUUUUACAGCUUUCAAGCGAGGAAUGAGGCUGGCCGCAGCGGAGGGCCAGGCACUCUGUGGCUCCCAGGCUGUGUGUGUAGGGGGGGGGGGAGAGAGGACUCUUCCCUCUGGGAGAUCCUGCCUGCUUGAGCUUGCAAGGCGUUCUCUUCCCAGCACCCCCUCCCCCGCCCUGGCUUGAUGCCCCUUGAUCCUCUCCCUCCUUUGUGUGGGGCAAGAUGCGAUGAGGCUUGCCCAGGCAGCCCCCACCCUUUCCUACCCCCGCAUUGUGCUUUCCCAGAAAAUAUAGUGGGGUGACACGGGGGGGGGGUGUCUCUCUGCAAAAGGGAGGCUGAGUUGGCCUGCCUGGGCUUGAUGUGGGGUGGGUGGGACUGCCCUUCUUCCUCCCCUCUUCCUCCCCCCUCCAGAUGCACCACUCCCCCUUCCUUCCUUCCUUCCUUCCUUCUUGGCCCUUGCAGGGAGUGGAGCCCUAGCUCAAGGCAUGUGGGCUCAGCGUGGGGGUAGGACGUUCUGGUUUCCUGUGGGCCUCCUCUAUAAGGCCAGCAGAAAAAAACCCCGGUAGGCGGGCGAGGCCGUAUCCUGCUCACCCCCUUGGCCCUGGCCCUGGCUGGCUGGAUAGGUGCACCCUCAAGCUCUGCAGCAAGAGCAGCUUGGGCAGGAGGGGGUUACUGGCCUCACCGCCACAGGGCUGGCCCUGCUCAGGGUGUGGGGCUGAUGAAUCAGCAUCCGCUGCUGUUGCUCCGGCUGCGCUGCCUUCUUCUGGAGCACCUUGUGGCUGGCGCGGCUGGAGAGAGCCCGGGAGGGGGAGGAGGCACGGAGCAGCGAAGGCCUCCCCCCGCAGCUACUUUCCAGGCCCCCCACCGGCUGCCCUCGGAACCCGUUCUGGCCCUCCCUUGGCGCUGCCCCUUGGAUUCCGCCAUGCCCCCAGCCUGGCAUGGAGCCCGCCGGGAGCCUGCUGCAGGGCAAGCCCUUCUACUGCCGGGAGUGGGCGCUGGGUCGGCUGGCGCUCAGUUUGGAGGGAGGCGGGGGGGUGCUGGUGACAGGGGGGCCUGGCAGCGGGAAGACGGCGCUGUGCACUGAAGCGCUGUGGCCGACAUCCGAGUCAGGGCGCCGGGGGGGGCUGGGCGACUGUGCCCUGGCCUGGCACUUCUGCCAGCCCCACGAUGGCACCACUUGCUCCCCACGUGGCUUCCUGCUCAGGCUGGUGGGGCAGAUCAAGCGCUGCCCGCUGCUGCCCGGCUACUGUGAGCGCCUGAGCCAGGCAGAUGCCCAGCAUGCCCUGGAGACCGCAGAGUGCAAGAAGGACCCAGAUGAAGCCUUCCGGAGGGCUGUGCUGCUCCCCUUGCUGGACUUGCCUCCUCCCAUGAAGCCCCUGCUGCUGGUGGUGGACGCCCUGGAUGCAGGCAAGGCUGAGCGCGAAGAGGAGCGAGCCCCUCCUCCAGGGCCCAGCCGGACCAUCGCCCAGCUCCUGGGGAGCCACCUGCAGCUGCUGCCCCCCUGGCUGCUCCUGGUGUGCACUGCCCGCUCCCACAGCAAGGGGGUGCUGCGCCUCUUUCCUGGGUUCCGGCGGCUGUGCCUCGAUGACCUGCGCUGGGAGCCGGUGGUCUGUGACAUGCAGCAGUACAUCCUGGCGCGGCUGGAUCAGGAGGAGGCUCUCCGCCGGCACCUGACCCGCGACACGGCCGAGGCCCUGAGCCAGCUGCACAUCAAGAGCAACGGGUGCCUGCUAUACUUGGAGCGGGUGCUGGAUGGGGUGGCUGUGGAGCUGGUCACCCUGCGCGAGGUGCGCCACAUUCCAGGGACGCUGUAUGGACUCUACCUCUGGCUGUGCCAGCGCCUCUUCCCUGGCCGCGAGUUUGCACAUGUCCGCCCUCUGCUGGAGGCCCUCCUGGCUGCCCCCAGCCCUCUGGGGCCUGCGGAGCUCUAUGCGGCCGUCUGGACACGCCACCCGGUGCCCCAGAAGGAGUUUGAGGCCUGGCUUACCGCCCUGGCACCACUUCUGUGCCAGAGACCCCCUGCCGGCGGCGCCUGCAUUCUCUUCCAUUGUAGCUUUGCUGAGUGGCUCUGCGACGUCAAGCACUGCACCCAGAAGUACCUCUGCUGCCCAGCCCGUGGGCACGCCUUGCUUGCCAUGAGUGCCUCCUGCCGCGCGCCAGGGCUGGUCGCUGGGCAAGUGCACGAACUGGCCCACCACCUGCUCUGUGCUGAGCUGGGCAUGGAGCCCUGGCAGCUGGCCCUCUGGCUUGUGUGGUGUGGGGCACCUGUUGAGGGCUGCCUGGAGUUGGACGAGAUGCUGCUGCCGUUGGAGCCAGCGGUGCUGGAGCUGUUGGUGCUGGCGGGGGCUCGCCUGGGGGCCCGGGGGCCCGGGCCCUCCCUGCAGCAGGUGCUGGAGCGUGAGGAUUCGGUACGGCUGUUGCUGGAAAACGGUGCCAGCGUCAACCAGCGUGAUGUGAAUGGACGGACUUUGCUGGCGAGCGCCGCCCACAGUGGCAACCACGAGGUGGCUGGGCUCCUCCUGGCUCGUGGGGCACAGGCAGAGGUCCCAGACCGGCACGGGCAGACACCCAUGACGCUGGCUGCCCGCCAAGGGCACACAAAGGUCUUGCUGUGUUUGCUGGCCCACGGCGCCAAGGUUGACCGCCCCGACCGGGAAGGGUGGACAGCGCUGCGGGCAGCUGCUUGGGGGGGGCACAGCGAGGCCGUUGGCGUCCUGCUGCAUGCUGGUGCCAACGUGGACUGCGCUGAUGCUGAGGGAAGGACAGCACUGAGAGCAGCUGCCUGGGGAGGCCACGAGGACAUAGUGGCCACGCUGCUGGAGCACGGGGCUGACAUCAACCGAGCAGACACUGAGGGGCGCACGGCACUCAUUGCUGCAGCCUAUAUGGGCCAUCGCGAGAUAGUGGCGCGGCUCCUGGCUCACGGCGCUCACGUGGACCAUGCAGAUAUGGAUGGGCGCACCGCACUUUCUGUGGCAGCCCUGUGUGUCCCAGCUAGCCGUGGCUAUGCCAAGGUAGUAGAGCUUCUCUUGGAUUACGGUGCCUCUCCGGGACACGCAGACCAGGAUGGCAUGAACCCAUUGCUGGUUGCUGCCUAUGAAGGCCACGUAGAUGUGGUGGAAUUGCUGCUGGAAGCUGGUGCGGAUGUGGAUGAGGCUGAUGCUACCGGCUGCACCCCUCUGCUGGCUGCUGCCUCCAUGGGCCACCGAGCCGUGGUGGACACGUUGCUGCUUUGGGGUGCAGCCAUUGACGUGCUGGACAGCGAGGGCCGGACUGCUCUGGGCAUGGCUGCUGGGCAGGGCAGCGAAGCCGUGGUGAGAGCUCUGUUGGAGCGCGGCCUGGAUGAGAACCACCGGGACGGGCUGGGCUGGACCCCGCUGCACUUGGCUGCUUGGCAGGGCCACGCAAGGACCUGUGCUGCCCUCCUGGAAGCGGGGGCCCGCGUGAGCGAGCGGAACCGAGACGGGCGGGUCCCACUCAUGCUGGCCGCCCAGGAAGGGCACCUGGGCGUCGUGCAGCUCCUGCUUGACCGCGGCUCCCCCAUCGACCACCAGGGCUACAACGGGCUCUCGGCCUUGGCCCUGGCCAUGCUGGGCAGGCACUCGGCCACGGCAGAGCUGCUCCUGAGCAAGGGGGCAGACGUGAACCUGUCUGACGCUGAGGGGCGGCCUAUGCUCUACCUCCUGGUGCUGGAGGGGCGCGUGGAGAUGGCAGAGCUGCUGCUGGAGAACGGGGCCGGCCUGGAGGGUCGUGAUGCCCGAGGGCGCUCCGCCUUGCAUGUCGCCUGUUGGCAGGGCCAGGUGGAGGCCACACGGCUGCUGCUGAGCUAUGGGGCUAAUGUGGAUGCCCUGGAUGAGGAGCGCCGCUCGACCCUCCACUUGGCUGCCUGGCGAGGCCAUGCCAGGAUUGCCCGCCUCUUGCUGGAGAGCGGGGCGCAGCCUGACCAUGCCUGCAACCAGGGGGCCACAGCACUGGGCAUUGCAGCGCAGGAGGGCCAAGCGGGCGUGGUGGGAGUCCUGCUGGAGCACGGGGCCAGCCCCAAUGUGCUCGACAGGGCCGGCCGCACCCCCAUGCGCAUGGCAGCCAAGCAGGGGCACCAGGCCGUGCUGCGUCUGCUGGAGGGUUGUGGGGCCUCCCCCGUGCCAACCUCCCCGCAGCUGGACUCCUCCAGCAGCUCCGCCAGCAGCCCCGUCCCACCCGGCAAGCGGGGCAGCUCCCCCUCAGCCUCGCUGGACUCCGCGAGCGAGCACUGCAAGUCCCGGGUCUCCCAUGGCUCAUCGGGGGCCACCGGGGCCACCUUCCACUCCCUGGCCACGGCCCAGACAGUGCCGAUUGACUGCCUCAGCUUUGCCCAGCAGGUCCAGCAGCACUCACUGCCCCGCCGGCGCCAGGCACCCCUCUUGCCUGUCCACUGCCCGCCCACCCCCUCUGCUGCUCAGGACAAGCGCAACGGGGACCCCAGGGGACCCCUGAUCUCCAUCGACACCCUGGAUCCCCACCUGCACCUGAAGGCAGCCAUCAAGUUGCAGUUCGAGGGCCCCACCUGUGGCUACGAGUACAAGCAGGAGACGCCCCUCUGACAAGCUGUGGGGGCAUACCGGAGGGGAAGAGGAGGGGGAGGUCUCAUCUUUGCACAAAGUCCCUGCAGGCCUCUGUUUGGUGAUGGUUGUAGGGGGUCACCCAUGGGACUAAAUGGGCCUAACCCUUACUGGCAGGGCCAUGGGGUGGUGGUGGCUCCAUUUGCCCCUGAAACUUCUGCUGGAGGGGCAUUCCAAGCACACACAUUCUUGGCAAGGGAGUUGUGGGGAGAGCCAAGCUUUGUCCCUCUGUCCCCCCAUCUCCCCUCCAGUUUCUUUCCAGGAUGGAGACUGGGAGGUAGGACUCCACACCCCAACUACAGAGCACAGAGGAUCGUGACCUGGGGAGAUGGGCAGGUUGGGGAGGAGGCUAUGUCCUUGGGGAAACUUCAUGUCCCCCCUAAGCCGCCUCCUGUGGCUUCCUGCUGUGUGCUCUAGCGGGGCCGCGAACUUCAGGCGGUUCUUAUGGAGAGGCAGCCAGAACAGACAGAUGCACACACCUCCCCCCCCCAAGACAUCCCUCCUUAACUUCUGUAAGCUUCAGCUAUGGGGCAGUGAAAUGCAGGGGAAAGGAGGGAUGUGGAGGUAGGAAGGAAGGGGCUGCACAGUGUGUGUGUCUCUGCCUGGCUGAAGGUGAGUGCAGGACUUGCCUGAAACAUUGCACCUCCCUGCCCCCCCCCCCAAAAAAUCUGCCACUUGGAUCAGGCAGGUCUGUAAGGUGCUGGUGCUUGCUGUGCAGUCUGAUGUUCUGCAGAGGGGCAAGGCCCCCAGAGGGCCCUUCCUCAAAGGGUGUCGUGCUUUUGUGGUGGGCGACAUACAGAAGAGCAGGCUGAGCCCCCCUAAGGUCCCAACUCUGACACUGGAGGGGGAGGGGGCAGCAGCAGCUGUCCAUGAAGGGGGCUCCAAGACCAAACACCCCCGGCUGCUUCGUCAGGUGCAGAUUUGCCACCCUCUUUCCUUAACCCCCCUCCCCCCGGCCACAUAUCAGCCAAGAGUGACAUUGCCACCUGCUGAGGAAAGCACAGAGAACAUUUCCUGCUGCCCCCCCCUGAAGAAAAUGCUCCUAGGCAACCUCCCCUUGGGUCCCUAUCCUUGGGGGGCCAAGGCCUUUGGGUGCUCAUGGGCUGGCUCUGCCUCCACCCUGCCCCCUGGUGCUUUGACCACGCUGCUGCCUUCAUUUGUGUCGUAACCACUGAGUGAGUGGCUAUAGGUGACUUUGGAACCACUGGAUACCAAAAAUGACGGGGAAGGGGGCAGCCCCCUGGUGCCUCCCUCCAGCCCCUGGGAGCCAACACAGCCCCCUGGCCCACCACCCUAGACCACCAAUGCUGACUGUGGCCCUUGUUGCUGCAGGGCUACCUUGUGGCUUGUGUGGAUUUGCAGAAUUCCUGGCAUCAAUAAAGGUCCAACUCUGGCAA